AUGGCGUCCACAUCGACCAAGAUCGGUCACGGCCUCGCGAAAGUUUUAGGGAUCGACCUCAACUACCGAAACGAAACUGGAUCUGACCGUGUAACGCGAGGAGAAAGUUUGUUCUCCAUCGACUCUGCGGAUACGUAUGUCGAGCAUGAGCCAACUACCCUCGAAUGGCUUCGCGAGUACGCUCCCAAUGGGCGAGAUAUCGCCCGCUACUUUUCCUCGCUGUUUCCGUUUCUCCAGUGGAUCACACGAUACAACGUGCAAUGGUUAACUGGAGAUUUGGUUGCUGGUAUCACUGUCGGCUGUGUCGUUAUCCCUCAGAGUAUGGCUUACGCCAAGUUGGCCAACCUCAGCCCUGAAUUCGGACUCUAUUCCUCUUUCAUGGGAGUCCUCAUCUACUGGUUCUUCGCGACUUCCAAGGAUAUCACUAUCGGCCCGGUUGCCGUCUUGUCUACUGUCACCGGCAACGUUGUGUUGAGCGCAGAAGCGAAACUCGGUAAAGGCGUAGUUUCCAGAGAUGUCAUUGCAUCCUCAUUGGCCAUCGUCGCUGGCUCAAUCGUUGUCUUCAUGGGUCUGACAAGGCUCGGAUUCAUCGUCGAUGUCAUCUCACUUGCUGCCAUCUCGGCCUUCAUGACCGGAUCCGCACUGAGUAUCGCUGUUGGGCAAAUUCCAACCAUGAUGGGGAUCACUGGUUUCUCCACACGCGAUCCAACCUACAGGGUGUUCAUCAAUAUUCUCAAGCACCUUGGACGGUCGAACCUCAACGCAGCUUUUGGCUUGACCGCUUUGUUCCUCCUAUACUUCAUUCGAUAUAUUUGCAGCUUCUGCGCGAGAAGGUUUCCCAAGAAGUCCAAGUUGUUCUUCUUCUUGAGCACCUUGCGAACGGCCUUUGUUCUGCUAUUGUACAUUCUCAUCAGCUACUUGGUGAACCGUAACCACAGAUCGAAGCCUAAGGUUUCCGUUCUGGGGGUUGUCCCCAGAGGUUUCAAACAUGCUCGGGUUCCUCACAUCACUACGGACAUUAUCUCGGCUUUCGCGUCCGAAUUACCUUCGACUGUUAUCGUCCUCCUCAUUGAGCACAUCUCCAUCGCCAAAUCCUUCGGUAGAGUCAAUAACUACAUCAUCAAUCCUUCGCAAGAGUUGGUAGCUAUCGGUGUGACCAACUGUAUUGGCCCGUUCCUCGGAGCUUAUCCUGCAACUGGUUCUUUCUCGCGUACUGCCAUCAAAUCGAAAGCCGGUGUCCGUACUCCUUUCGCAGGUGUCAUUACUGGCAUCAUUGUCUUGCUCGCCAUCUAUGCGCUCCCAGCCAUGUUCUUCUACAUUCCGAACGCCUCCCUCGCAGCUGUCAUUAUUCACGCAGUGGGUGACUUGAUCACACCACCAAACGUUGUUUAUCAGUUCUGGAGAGUGUCUCCCAUAGAAGUCCCAAUAUUCUUCGCGGGUGUGCUGGUUACCGUGUUCUCCACCAUCGAAAAUGGCAUUUACACCACAGUCGUUUGCUCCUUUGUACUGUACCUCUUCCGUCUGUUCAAGGCUGAUGGUAAGUUCCUCGGGAAAGCCAAGAUUCACUCCGUCGUUGGUGACCAUUUGCUCGACCGAUCAAACAACAGCAAGGAGGAGGUUGCAACUCGCAAGAGCCCUACUGAAGGCGAGAAGUCCGUUCGCAACAUCUUCUUGCCUAUCGAUCAUAACGAUGGUACAAACCCUUCAAUCGAACUCGAAGAUCCCUAUCCUGGCAUCUUCAUUUACCGAUUCAGCGAGGCUUUCAACUACCCCAACGCCAAUCACUAUCUGGAUCAAUUGACGGAGACUGUCUUCAGGAAGACACGUCGCACAAACCCAGCUGCCUACGGCAGACCCGGUGAUCGACCAUGGAAUGAUCCCGGCCCACGAAGCGGCCAGAAGGAAGAACACGACAAUCGCCCUACCCUGAAAGCCAUCAUCCUCGAUUUCUCUGCCGUAAACAAUAUCGACAUUACAUCGAUCCAGAAUCUUAUCGAUGUCCGCAAUCAACUCGACAAGUACGCCGCUCCCGACACCGUCGACUGGCACUUUGCCCACGUCAGCAACCGCUGGACCAAGCGCGCUCUCGCCGCCUCCGGCUUCGGCUACUACACCCCUGAGCACGAUGCAAACAACCCGACACGCUGGAAGCCCAUCUUCUCCGUUGCCGAACUCGCCGGCGCAAACUCCUCUGCUGCAGAAGCACAGGCACGAGCCCAGCGCAAAGACCUCUCUCAAGCGAGAAGCAACGACAUCGAGGCGCACCAUUCUUCUAGCUCGUCGGAUGCGGGCUCUUUCAAUAAGAACCUUGAAACGAGCAAGGCGUACGAGGGCGCAAGUGUCAAGGCCAGAGGUAUUGCCGUGGUGCAGGGCCUGAACAGACCGCUGUUCCACAUCGAUAUUACUUCUGCAUUGGAGAGCGCGUUGGCGAAUUCGUCGCGCAAGAGUCAUUGA